AUGACGGCGUUACGGUGUUCAAAUUUCUUAGGAUCCCCAAUCAUAAUCUCAUCUCCAACCCCUAAAACCACCAAAAAGCCUUCCUUUCCCUUCUCCUUCGUCACUCGAUCGUCUCUUCGAAGCGACGAAAUCAAUGGAAAACCCAUAAAGUCUCUGUCUUCAAAAGCAGCGUUAGCAGCUAUUCUCUUCUCUUCGAUUACGUCGUCGUCGUCGCGAGCUUUAGCUGUUGACGAACCGGUUACGGUUCCACAGACUGUCGUCGUUGAAGCCCAAGCAGUAAAGCCGUCGUCUUCCUCGCCGUUCAGUCAGAUCCAGUCGAUUACGGCGCCUAAUCCACAAGCAGCUCAAUCAUCAUCAGACCUUCCGGACGGAACGCAAUGGAGGUACAGCGAGUUUCUAAACGCGGUGAAGAAAGGGAAAGUGGAGAGAGUUAGAUUCAGCAAAGACGGUUCCGUUCUCCAGCUCACCGCCGUCGAUAACCGCCGCGCCUCCGUCGUCGUCCCUAACGAUCCUGACCUCAUCGACAUCUUGGCUAUGAACGGAGUCGAUAUAUCGGUUUCCGAAGGAGAAUCGUCCGGUAACGACAUCUUCACUAUCAUCGGAAACUUGAUUUUCCCGAUUUUGGCAUUUGGUGGACUCUUUUUACUAUUCAGGGGAGCUGGUGGCGGCGGUGCCGGUGGACCUGGAGGGUUAGGAGGUCCGAUGGAUUUCGGACGUUCGAAAUCGAAGUUCCAGGAAGUGCCGGAGACUGGUGUGUCAUUUGCGGAUGUUGCCGGCGCCGAUCAAGCUAAGCUUGAAUUGCAAGAAGUUGUUGAUUUCUUGAAGAAUCCGGAUAAGUACACAGCUUUGGGUGCUAAGAUUCCUAAAGGGUGUUUGUUGGUUGGACCUCCUGGUACUGGUAAGACUCUCUUGGCCAGAGCGGUAGCUGGAGAAGCAGGAGUGCCGUUUUUUUCUUGUGCUGCGUCGGAGUUUGUGGAGCUUUUUGUUGGUGUGGGUGCGUCUAGAGUUAGGGAUUUGUUCGAGAAGGCCAAGUCGAAAGCUCCUUGCAUUGUGUUCAUCGAUGAGAUUGAUGCUGUUGGGAGGCAGAGAGGAGCUGGGAUGGGAGGAGGGAAUGAUGAGAGGGAGCAGACGAUUAAUCAGCUGUUGACGGAGAUGGAUGGGUUCUCUGGUAACUCUGGUGUGAUUGUUUUGGCAGCUACGAAUAGACCUGACGUUCUUGAUUCGGCGCUGUUGAGGCCUGGAAGGUUUGAUAGGCAGGUUACUGUGGAUAGGCCUGAUGUUGCUGGCAGAGUCAAGAUUCUUCAGGUUCAUUCUAGGGGGAAGGCGAUUGGUAAAGAUGUGGACUUUGACAAGGUUGCGAGGAGGACACCUGGUUUCACUGGUGCUGACUUGCAGAAUUUGAUGAAUGAAGCGGCGAUUCUUGCGGCUAGGCGUGAGCUUAAGGAGAUAAGCAAGGAUGAGAUCUCUGAUGCUCUUGAGAGGAUCAUUGCUGGACCUGAGAAGAAGAAUGCAGUUGUCUCUGAUGAGAAGAAGAGACUAGUUGCUUACCAUGAGGCUGGACAUGCUCUUGUGGGUGCUCUUAUGCCGGAAUAUGAUCCUGUCGCCAAGAUUUCCAUCAUUCCUCGUGGCCAAGCUGGUGGUCUCACUUUUUUCGCCCCGAGCGAAGAAAGACUCGAGUCUGGAUUGUACAGUAGAAGCUACCUCGAGAAUCAAAUGGCUGUUGCACUUGGCGGAAGGGUUGCAGAGGAGGUGAUCUUCGGAGACGAGAAUGUGACGACAGGAGCAUCGAAUGAUUUCAUGCAGGUGUCUCGUGUGGCACGUCAAAUGAUUGAGAGGUUUGGUUUCAGCAAAAAGAUUGGACAAGUUGCUGUUGGUGGCCCUGGUGGAAAUCCCUUCAUGGGUCAACAAAUGUCGUCACAGAAAGAUUACUCAAUGGCAACUGCAGAUAUUGUAGAUUCAGAGGUGCGAGAGCUUGUGGAGAAGGCUUACAAGAGAGCAACGGACAUCGUCACAACUCACAUUGAUAUUUUGCACAAGCUUGCACAGCUACUGAUCGAGAAAGAAACUGUUGAUGGAGAAGAGUUCAUGAGUCUCUUUAUCGACGGCCAAGCUGAGUUGUAUGUUUCUUAA